GUGGGAGGGCAGCAGGGCAGCAGCUCAGAGUGAGAGCUCCAUGGUGGAACUUUCAUCAAAGCGCGGAAACACGAGACAAAAGAGCGCUCAACCUCUCGCACACAGAUCCACCAACUCUUACUUGUAGAGGAUGUCUUGAAUUAUGCCUGUUCAUCAAGCUUGCCAGUUUGAUAUCUAUUGGUAGCCAGACAAGGGCCAUGAGCUAGCUUGCGCGCCCAUCCUCACCCGACACCAAAUAGACCCGUGACGCUUCUCAUGCUUGAACUGGCCCUCUCUUGAAGUGACCGUCAGCUUGUUGUGUACCGUGCUCAAUCUCCAUCCCGGGAGCUAUUCUGGAGACUGCAUUUGAUGCCCUAGCCCGCCCUUCGUCACCAGCCGCAAAGUCCUGGUCCCAGUUUCUUUGGGGGCAGCUGGGAGGGCAGUUUGCAACAGUAUCCUCCUUAAGCUAGCUGUAAAGCCGCUUUCUUGAUCUGUCGUGCUGUUGUCAAGUGAUUGUACGAUGGCUGCCCCCUGCCGCAGCAGCAGCACAGCUGCGGACGCCGCCCGAGCUGACCCAGGAAGAAAGUUCCUCUACGCCCCCCCCCCAGCCGACCCCGCCUCGCGCCCCCCCCGCUCCACCUCCCUCACUGAUUUCAAAGACGAGCGACCCGAGAAGAGGACCUUGCGAGGGGCUUCUAGCGCAACUGCGAGCUUAGUCGGCAGCACUCUGGAUGAGCGGGCGGGGCCUUCCGGGUCGGGGGAUCAGAGAUGGGCGGCGUCGCUGCAGAACCUAGAGGAUAUGGGGACGACGCUUGAGAGUUUCCAGAAGGCGCUGCUGAGCAAUGCGGUGUACUUAGAUGAGGAGGCGUAUGGGAAGGCGGUCAAAGUGGCGGGGCAUGGGCGGGCGGUCAAGGCCCAGGAACGGCGGAUCCGAGGCCUCGAACGAGAACUAGACGCGUCCAUUUUAGCGGCCGCGCGCUCGCGCGAGGAAAAACGCGCCGCGGAGGUGGCGCAGCGGGUUGCGGAGGCGCGGGUGAAGGAGGUCCUAGAAGAGCUGGAAAAUACGACGAGAGUGUUCAAGCUCCACGCGGAAGAACUGCAGCUGAAGGAGGCGCAGCUGAAGAAGAAGGACGAGGAAAUUCAGGUGUUGCAGGCGAUCAUAAGCACCAUGAGCAAUCCUCCGAAACGGAAACAAUCAAGUUGACGUGCAUGCGAAUCCUUAAUUGAAAAGCAGCGAUGCCUUAGCGAAAGAUUGGUCGUCUGCGCGUUAUGUCGAUGUGGCCCGUCAAAACGGAUUGCAGGAAGCUCCCUUGUUUCAUUGUAUUGAAUAUAGGAAUAAUUGUCCUCAUGCACGUAUAUCCGACGGUCGGACAUAUAGAAUGGAUUGGAAGUAUGGCUGUCACGGUACAUACGAUUAUAAUCCAGUACACAAUGUACUCGCUUUGGAACUGCAUCGAAGCUCUAGCUAUUGUCGCUAGACACGUUAAGUCAAAAGUGUCGGGCCCGGCCCCGUUAAUGAUGUUGU